CAAUUUGUAUAGUAUCACACUGCGUUGCCAGUCAUCUCUAGAAAACCCUACACACACACACACUCUCAAUCUAGGGUUUUACAUCUCAAAUCUGUACCUUUUCUCCUAAUUUCCGAUCAAUGGCAGCUCCGGCGGUGUCGAAGGGGAGGUCCACAGAGACGUUCGUGGACAACAAACGAAAAGACGACAUCCGUAUGGCGAACAUAGCGGCGGCGCAGUGCAGUGCGCAGUCUGUGGCGAACGCCGUGCGAACCAGUCUCGGUCCCAAGGGUAUGGACAAGAUGAUCUCUACCUCGUCCGGAGAGGUCAUAAUUACUAAUGACGGCGCUACCAUUCUCAACAAGAUGGAAGUCCUCCAGCCUGCCGCCAAGUUUCUCGUCGAGCUGUCCAAAUCUCAGGACGUCGUUGCGGGAGACGGCACUACCACUGUUGUCGUCAUUGCUGGCUCGCUACUCAAGGCUUCCCUUGGUCUCUUGACUGCCGGCAUUCAUCCCACUAUUGUUUCCGACUCCCUUCACAAGACCUCGAUUAAAGCCGUUGAGAUUUUGUCUGCAAUGGCGGUUCCCGUGGAGUUGUCGGAUCGUGAUUCGCUUGUCAAAUCUGCCUCCACUUCGCUCAACUCGAAGGUAGUCUCACAGUACUCUACUCUUUUAGCCCCUUUAGCUGUUGACGCCGUCCUCUCUGUGGUGGAUCCGGAGAAGCCUGAUUUAGUGGAUUUGAAAGAUAUUAAAAUUGUGAAGAAAUUAGGCGGGACCGUUGAUGAUACUGAAUUGAUAAAAGGGCUGGUUUUUGAUAAGAAGGUGAGUCAUGCUGCUGGCGGGCCAACUAGGGUAGAAAAUGCUAAGAUAGGGGUCAUACAGUUUCAGAUUUCUCCCCCUAAAACUGACAUAGAACAGAGCAUUGUGGUGUCUGACUACUCACAGAUGGAUAGGAUUUUGAAGGAGGAGAGAAACUACAUCUUAGGGAUGAUUAAGAAGAUUAAAGCCACAGGGUGUAAUGUGUUGUUAAUUCAGAAGAGUAUCUUGAGGGAUGCUGUCACAGACUUGUCUUUGCAUUAUUUGGCCAAAGCAAAGAUUUUAGUCAUUAAAGAUGUUGAGAGGGAUGAGAUUGAGUUUAUCACCAAGACUUUGAAUUGCUUGCCCAUUUCAAAUAUUGAACAUUUCCGUGCUGAGAAGUUAGGGUAUGCAGAUUUGGUGGAAGAGGUGCCCCUGGGAGAUGGUGGGAAAAUUGUGAAGAUUACGGGGAUUAAGAACAUGGGAAGGACUACUAGUGUACUGGUCCGUGGCUCAAACCAAUUGGUGCUUGAUGAGGCUGAGAGGAGUUUGCAUGACGCUCUGUGUGUGGUGAGAUGUUUGGUGAAUAAGAAGUUUCUGAUUGCGGGCGGUGGGGCACCUGAGAUUGAGCUUUCGAGACAAUUAGGUGCAUGGGCAAAAGUGCUGCAGGGGAUGGAAGGCUACUGUGUCAGAGCAUUUGCUGAAGCUCUUGAGGUUAUUCCUUACACUUUGGCCGAGAAUGCAGGAUUGAAUCCAAUUGCCAUUGUCACUGAAUUGAGGAAUAGGCAUGCACAAGGUGAGAUCAAUGCAGGGAUCAAUGUGAGGAAGGGACAAAUCACUAACAUUUUGGAGGAGAAUGUCGUGCAGCCCUUGCUGGUGAGCACAAGUGCAAUUUCCUUGGCUACGGAGUGUGUUCGCAUGAUCUUGAAGAUUGACGACAUUGUUACUGUGAGGUAGAGUAGUAUGAAGCAUUAAAAUAUUGGGUCCUGAGGAAACUGUUUGUUAUCGUGUUGCCCCGUUUUUCUUGUGUGCUUUUUACUCAAUUAGCAGCUUUUGGGAUAUUUUCAACUAGACUUUUAUUUUGUUAAUCAAUGGUGGGUGUCAUGAUCUGUUGUGACUUUAUUGCAUAUAGCAUAUUUAGGGAUAAGAAGUCUUUGGUGAAAUAUGCAAGUGGGGCUUUGUGGAACGGGUAGAUUUUGAUGA